UUGUUUAUUCAAAAGUCAAAUAGCUCGAUUAUGGCAAACUGCAAGAUGCUUCCAAGAGUUUCACGCCGCUUGGUCGCUUUUGAUUUUGACUGCACUGUGGUGGAUGAUAAUACGGACACAGUUGUGCGGGACCUGUUACCAGUCGAUAAGUUUCCCAGUGAUACUAUUAUUCACAAACAAGGAUGGCAAGAAUACAUGGCUGAUGUUUUUCGACGCUUGCAUAAGCAAUGUUAUUCGCCACAAUCGAUUCGCGACAAAAUACGCGGCAUACCGGAAGUACCUGGUUUUGUGCGAUUGCUGAAGCGGCUGCAUCAAGCGCCGGAAAACAAAUACGAUCUAAUCAUUAUCAGUGACUCGAACACCAUCUUCAUAACAGAAUGGCUGGAGGCGCAUGGUCUGACAAAUUGUUUCGAAAGUAUAUUCACAAAUCCAGCAUACUUUGACAACGAUGGCUUGCUGCAUGUACGCCCCUAUCACCAUCAGACCGAAUGUAAAUUAAGCGCUUCUAACUUGUGCAAAGGUAAAAUAUUGGAACAUUUUGUGGCCAAACGAAAUUUGCGUGAUAAUACGCAAUACGAGCGCAUCAUAUACGUCGGUGAUGGCCACAAUGACCUGUGUCCAGUGCUGAAACUGCGACAGGGCGACAUAGCUUGUCCACGGCGAGAUUUCGCGUUGGACAAAAAGAUUACAGCACACCGAGAUAAAAUGGAUUUGCGGGCGGACAUUAUUAAGUGGAAGAGUGGUUUUGAAUUGCUGAAACAAUUGGUGGAACGUGACGCCACAUUGGAUGAUGGAGAUGCAGACGAGCCCAAGUCUGAGUCAACCAAACAGUAGAGUGUAAAUUGAUGACUAGAAAAUUUGCAAUUUCACUAAACUACGUAUGUCAACUCAAUACUAACAAGUGUCGUGGUGUGCCUAGUAUUAGCUAAUUGCGUUUUAUUCCUCAAUGACUUUGUGUGCAUGAAUUGUAAUUUGACUUUGUGUACUUCUCAUUGUUGCAAUUAACAAAAUACUUCCCAUAACUGUAAUUUGUAUUUGUAAACAUUUGUGUAAGAAGUGUUAGAUGUGGGUGUAAAUAAAUUUGUGUAAUAUGUGUGUAUGUAAUGCUAGCAACAAAAGCAUUUUUUAUUGUACCUACUCACGGUACUAUAUAUAUUCAGAUGUGAAAGUAAAUAUAUUUUUUAGACGUUUC